AAGAAAGUGUCACAUUCCUCCGAUUCUUCUUCUUCACCUCCCCUUCUUCGAAUUUCUCUCCUUCCUUUUUCAUCCAUUUGAAACUUCUCGUUUUUCGAAAUUGGAGCUCACAAUAGCACCUGGAAAUAACAUCAUAAGCUUCAAGAUCCAAUUUGGGUCUUUCUGAUUUCUGAUGGGUCUCGUCGAAAUGUAGAUGAAGUCGGGAGAUGUUGACAAUGGAGAAGGAAUUUGAUUCAAAGCUUUCUCUUCAAGGGAAUUCAUCUUCUAAUGGUGCAACUAUUUCCAGAAGCAAAAGUUUCGCCUUUAAGGCUCCUCAGGAGAAUUUCACCUACCAUGAUUUCGAGCUCGGCAAGAUCUAUGGCGUUGGCUCUUAUUCAAAGGUUGUUAGGGCGAAGAAGAAGGAUAAUGGAACUGUGUAUGCCUUAAAGAUCAUGGACAAAAAGUUUAUCACCAAGGAGAAUAAAACAGCUUAUGUCAAAUUGGAGAGGAUUGUUCUUGAUCAACUCGAACAUCCCGGGAUUGUGAAACUCUUCUUUACUUUUCAAGAUACACAAUCACUAUACAUGGCGCUUGAAUCUUGCGAAGGUGGGGAACUUUUCGACCAAAUCACCAGAAAAGGUCGUCUAUCUGAGGAUGAAGCUCGGUUCUACAGUGCAGAAGUUGUGGACGCUCUUGAGUAUAUACAUAAUAUGGGACUGAUACAUCGAGAUAUCAAGCCAGAGAAUCUGUUGUUAACUUCAGAUGGACAUAUUAAGAUUGCCGAUUUUGGUAGCGUAAAGCCAAUGCAAGACAGCCAAAUCACAGUGCUGCCUAAUGCGGCUUCCGAUGAUAAGGCGUGCACUUUUGUCGGGACGGCUGCAUAUGUUCCUCCUGAAGUUCUAAACUCCUCCCCAGCAACUUUCGGAAAUGAUCUCUGGGCACUCGGCUGCACUCUGUACCAAAUGCUUUCAGGAACUUCCCCAUUCAAGGAUGCAAGUGAAUGGCUAAUUUUCCAAAGAAUCAUAGCUAGAGAUAUAAAGUUUCCAAAUCAUUUCUCAGAAGCAGCAAGAGACCUCAUCGACCGAUUGCUAGAUACAGAUCCUAGUAGAAGACCAGGAGCUGGAUCAGAAGGUUAUGCUUCUCUCAAGAGACAUCCUUUCUUCAAGGGAGUUGACUGGAAGAACCUAAGGUCACAAACUCCUCCAAAACUAGCUCCAGAUCCUGCGUCUCAAUCAGCAUCUCCUGAAAGGGACGGUUCUCCAUGGAACCCAACACAUGUUGGAGAUACCUCAGUUUUGCAGAACGAUGGACACAACGGACUCUCUGAGUCCUCAGGUUCCAUAACUCGGCUUGCCUCCAUAGACUCUUUUGAUUCGAGAUGGCAACAGUUUCUAGAACCGGGAGAAUCGGUUCUAAUGAUAUCAGCAGUGAAGAAGCUACAGAAAAUCACAAGUAAGAAGGUGCAGCUAAUACUCACCAACAAACCAAGACUGAUAUACGUUGACCCAUCAAAGCUUGUAGUAAAAGGGAACAUUAUCUGGUCUGAUAACUCCAACGACCUCAACGUUCAAGUCUCAAGUCCUUCCCAUUUCAAGAUUUGCACACCGAAGAAAGUUUUAUCGUUUGAAGAUGCGAAACAAAGAGCUUUGCAGUGGAAAAAGGCAAUCGAAACUCUUCAAAACCGUUGAGACUCUUGCUGAUGAUGUCAAUUCAUUAAGUCCCUAUUUUAUUCUUACAUUUUCUUUAAUUCAAUUGAUUACAUCUCAUUGUAUGCAUAGAGAAGAAGAGUCUUCUCUGCAUUCAAGACGUUUCUUGGGCCGUAGGUUUCUUCUCCGGAGAUGAUAACUAAGAGUUGCAUUGAAUCUGUUUUGGGUCCAGAUUGUCAGAUUUAUGAAUGACAGUAACCAAAGUAAAACCUAAGCUAAUAUGGAUCGGUUUGUAGUUUCAAUUUUGGUUUGGUUCCGUGUUUCUCAAUUAUAUUUGGUUUAAAAGUAUUUUGAUUCA